AUGGAGACUCUACCUUUCGCUUCACUUGCUCAGUUGAACAUUCUCAUCAUUCCAAUUGGGCCAAUCCGUGCAUCAGUCUUCAACCAUUGGGCGAGCCUCAUCCGCUCAUUCACCUCCAUUCGUCUCGCAGACAUCCCUCCAGAUCCACGACAGGACCGUUCGAGAUUCCUACCUUCAGCGCUCUCGUCAGGUUCAAUACAUCUUGCAUUCCCAUCACACCCACCCCCAUCAACCGCACAGCCAUAUGCGCUCUUUCGACCUGCAUCCUUCGUACACGGAGUCAUCGGCGUCGCCGACUGUUCAUCCUCCUCAUCGCUCGCUGCCCUCCUCGCAGAGUUCUAUGGCGUAUUGCAUGAGGUUUUCGGCCCAAACCCCGUAUUCCCUUUAGCAGGAAGAUGCUACGCUUUCGACCCGGCUGACUCGCAGACAGACCUCGACGUGGGAGGAGCGCUCGAAGGGCUCACCGUGAUCCCGACCGUGGUGGGUGACAAGCGAAUAUAUCUGGGCACGCUGCUUGCCAACUUCUGCGGGUGCAUAAUCGGUGAAUUUGCGGGGCUAGUUCGUGUCCUGGACAACCAACCCAGACUGGACGAGCUCAAUCGCUUCCUCCUUCCUACACUCUCCCAGAAUUUAGAAGGCGAAGACACUCCCCUCUCCCCCGUAUUUGCGUAUGCAUAUUCCUCAGUCACGCCUAACUCCAGUAGUCUGUCCUCAAGGCACAACGGCUCGUCAUUGGAGAUCAACAUUGAGCGCUCGGACUGUCCCGACACCCUGCCGUCCUUAACCCGAAGUGAGACGCUUCCCUCCCUCUUUAUCCCCGUCGCGCCCACCGCGCGCUUCCCGAAUGGUCGACCUCUCUCCGGCGCUUCUGGACUCGGCAUCCAAGCUCCAUCCCCAGUGCCCUCUGCACCUCCAGGGCGAACACCCUCCCCUCUCCCAUUUAUCCCUAAACGCGCUGCCACCGCGUCGCCUGCAAACUUCCAGGGAUUCAAGUCGCGCUCUGCGUCCAUCGCUCUCGCUGCUCCGCCAAAGCGCAAACAAGGAGGUGGUAUGUUCUCUCACAGCGCCAGGCUGGGUAAGAUCACCGCAGACUUGUUCCUGCUCAGCGGCAGGCUGGGAGAUGCAGCACAAUGGUAUUCAGAGGCCGUGGGGAGCUUGAAAGGCAGUGCGGAUAUCAUAUGGUGUGCGGCUGCGCUGGAAGGAUGGGUGGUAGCGAACGUGCUGGAUGCAUGGGGCAAGCAAGACCAACCCACACCACCCCAACCCACGUCAGGGCAUGACCCGCCUCCCGACCCGUGGGUCGACCCCCUCGAGAAGCUCACCCAGGCGGUAGCCCUCUACUGGAAAGCGAGCCCCACUGCUCCGGACGACACCUCCCUCGCCAAAUUCGAGCUCACAGCAAUAACGACACUCUACUGUGACAGCGUCGUGCGCCUUACCAAAUUCCUCUUCGCUAUCUGGGCUGCGGGCGGGUGGGGGCAUGGCGCGUUCAACAUGCUAAUGAGUACUGGACCGCCGCUCGGAUUCAGCCCGCGUGGACCGAGCCCGGAACAGAUGCUUCGCCAGAGUCAGACGACGAGCAUCACCCGCACACAAAUCGCCAACGUUGCUGCCCAAGCACACGGGCCGUUCCUGCUCGCCCUCCUCCCGCUGGACAGGGUACGCCUGCUCUCCUUCCUCGCGAGCACGUACUCCCUCCUAGGUUUCUGGAGGAAAGAGGCCUACGUACUUAGGGAACUCAAUGCUGCACUUAUGGAGCUCCUCAUCUCGGCACGGGAGGAAGCGCAAUCUGCCGGGCCUGAAUCGACCAUGCGGUUCACUGCGGGGCUCGCUCAGACUUCCCUCGGGAGCGAGUUCAGCCUUGCCCUGCCCUCUGGAAGGACCCAGGCGCAGGACGGCGGCAUCGCUAUGCGGGAGAAUGAGCGAGUGGAUGGGAAUGAUGCCAUUGUACAGCUUAUGCAGCACGUUUGUGAGGUGUACGGUGUUGGCACAGACGCUGUGCGCAUACGGGACGGGAUGGAUGGGGGAGAAGGGUCAGGGCCGGACGAGCAGCGAGUGGAGCAGAAGCUAGGCGUGCGGGGUACAUGGGAACAGUUUGGUUGGCCUGAACUGCAAGUUGGCGUCAUGCGCGAGUCGAUCUCCCUUGUCGAGCUGCUCCCGGACUAUCCUGCCGUUGCCCAGCUCGCGCUCAGCGCCAUCCGCAAGCUCGGUCGGUACCUCCCCUCUUCUGAGCAACUCCAUCUCUACGCAGUUUCGAUGCGCGCCCUGGGCACCGCUCGCAGAAGAGGUGAUACUCGACGCCUCCACUAUUGGAGCGACAACCCGCUUGUUCGGAUCGAACCUGUGCCUUUGCCACUCGCACGACUUCCCACUGUGCAUGCCCUGAGUGAUCUCCAGCCUCCUAGACCUGAAUCAGACGCUCAGGUUCAGGCGGGGCAGAGGAAGGACCCGUUCUUGUACAAUCCGAGGUUGCAGGCCGCGUCUUCCGCCAGCGUUAUCGCAGUACAGUACGAGCCGCUGGAGCUCAUCAUCACUCUGCGAAAUCCACACGCAUUUGAUUUCGACUUGCAAAGCGUGGUGCUCGAUACACGAGGAGUGCCUUUCCGCACCCAGCCGGCAAGCGUCUCAAUUCCGGCCAACGCGUUCCAAGUGCUGAGGAUGAGCGGCGUGCCCCUCGAACCGGGUACGCUCGCCAUCCGUGGUUGCACUGUGCAAGUGAAUGGCUGCCUCCCACGGACAUUCCUCUUCCCCCUACAGACGAAGGAGGAUGAGCUUCGCCUUGAAAAGCGGCAGUUAGCGCUCGAGCUGGAUUACGAAACAAUCAAAGAUGGAGGAUUGGAUGCACGAGCGCUCCCGUUCGUCAUCGAAAACAAGCGCCGCUCGAUACUCCUCCCGACCGAGGUGGAUGAGUCGCGAAAAUAUCUCGAGUGGAACGUCCUCCCCGAGCAGCCGAUGAUGCGCGUCAAGCGGACCUCCCUCACGCACGGCGCUCUCAUGCUCUACGAGGGCGAGACGGCUGCACUUACCCUCACUCUAGAGAACAUGUCCAACCUCAAGGUCAACUUCAUCCGUGUCACAUUUGAAGACUCGACCAUGGCGCCUGCCCAGGCUGCACUCGCUGAGGGAGAGCUCUCGACCGCAGCGCAGUAUGAGACGGAGUUCGAUCUUGUAAGGAGACCGGUGUUCAAGUGGGAGCGGGCCGGGGAUAUCGACAUUCCCGGAGGGAAAACCUCGACCAUCUCCCUCACAUGCCUUGGCAAGCCUGCAUGCACGAGUGGGACGGUGCAGAUCUCGUACGGUUGUCUUCCGGAUGAGCCGGCGGAGAGGGCGCAGUUCUACACCCGGCAGAUUCUGUAUCCUGUGCUGGUGACCGUCUACCAUAACCUUGAGUGUCAGUCGAUGGACGUGAUGCGCUUCUCGCCUACAGCGUAUUCCUUGAAGGACAAUCUGGAGAAGCAGGAUAUUCGGCGCACGCUGCUGGAUGUGCCGAAAGACGGUGAUUGGUGCUUGUUCACUGUUGAUGUGCGAAAUAUGUUUGGCAUCCCGUUCGAGGUGACGUUGGAGCGAACGCAAAAAGACGCACCGGAAGGAAAAGCAACGCAGAUUGUGCCGCCCGGUUCAACUCUCCGUUUGAUGCUCCCCCUCCGACGGGAAUACCUCACACCCUCAUCAACAAGCGAACCUAUUCCCUCCCUCCUGCAGCGUCAAUUCCUCGUCUCCAAAGCCCGCCUCUCCACGCUGGAAGAACGGGAACAGCGUCUCCUCUACUGGUACCGCGAGCAGCUGUUCUCCUCCGUCCGCGCGACCUGGCGCGAGCCUAUAUCGGGCAGGGCAGGGGAGCUGAGCUUGCGAAAGCAGAGGAUGAAGAUGCCCAUGCUUGAAGCGUUCAGAGCGCAGAAGGUGCAGGUAGAAGUAAGUGUGUUGGCGGAGGGGGAGGGAGAGGUGAGGGAGAUCGAGCAGAACAUGGGGCGGUAUGAGGUCCCAUCGAACGACUGGGUUUAUUUGAGGGUAAAGGUGACAAACGUGCAUUGGCAAGCGGCACAUAUGGCUCUAUCUUUCUCAGCGAUACCACCCACACCUACCGCUUUCGUUCUGCACGAAGGUUCCCUGACUGACCUUCCCCUGGGCGAGGUCGCGCAGGGAGGCUCUACAGAAAGGGAAGUUUGCAUGGUUUUUGUCGCUGAGGGCAGAUUUUCCUGGGCAGCGACGGUGAAGAUAUGUGACGAGCCUGAGGAGGCAGGGAGGAGGGAGAUCAGUUUGGUUGCAGGCUCCUGCACAAUCUGA